AUGGAGAGACCCGCCGCUAGUACACGACGAGAGAUUGCGCCAUUGCAUGUUCCAUGGCUACAACAUGAGCAUUAUCCAGUUACAAAAGUAGUAUGUAGUACUGUUGACGGUCUUGUCUCUAGUAGUAAACACUCACUCAUUCGAGUCGUCCAGGAAUUAAAGCGAGGUCGUGCGAAUGUGGACAAACAAUUGUCUCAAUUGGACACACAAUUAUUGGUCCUUUCGGAUUAUUUGGAUGGUAAAACGUCUACGAUGUUUCCACCUCAUUUGAUUAUGUAUGUAGAGGACACUCUGGAUAUUGCAAUGCCACUUGCAACUGAUGGACGAAGACUUCGAGGUACUGGCAAAAAUACUGCAGUUAUACAGCAUUUCAGUGACAUUUUUAAGAAAGAAGUCGAACCUCCGACACCUGCGAUGGUGGAAGAUGAUCUUAAUUCGGACUCACCAUGCACAACAACUGGAUUGUGGAAAUAUCUGUAUGCGUACUCGUUCUUCAAAACGAUUACACUGGAUGACAUGGAACAAGCAUUACUGCUUGACGACCCGAGCAUUUGUUGUGAAGAUUUAAAAUCAAUACGUGGAGGUGAAAAAGGCAAAAUUUUGGCAGGUCGAGACUUUCAGGAAUUGCAGGACAAUUUCAGCUUGAGCAGGUUUACUCCGCAUGAUCUCGACGAUUUUUGCAUGGAGAGACUUGUAGCUUCGCUAUGUGCAGUAAAUACAUCCGCGUUGAUGAAAGCGGGGGACGACGUAACACACUCUCAACCCGAUGAUGAGGACAAACACGCAAAUGUUACAACAGAAAUCAUAACUGAUACGGAAACGAGCCGUCCUUUGCACUCCAUUGAUGAGAGAUCAUGGAAUUCUAAGGGUCUUACAUGGGUCCUCCGCCAUAUCGGAUUGCUUGAGGGAAACGAUAAGGACAUUGCUCGAGCCGGUUUGUCCAGUCCGAUAGAUGAUGAGGUAUCACAGGAGAUCCGCUCAUUGCAGUGUCAACUUGAGACGUGCGUAAGAGAGACGAACGAAACAAAGCGAAAGCUACGGAGAAUUAUGGCUGAGACAAAGCCAUGGUUGUCUGAGGAAAAGGGGGAGGAGGAGGCCACCUUAGAGAAGUACUUUACGAUGUGGCAAACGAAAAAGGAGCUUGCACGGAAAAAGAAAUUACGGGAGAAGAAGCGGCAGCGAAGACAAGGUGUGAAUCCAAAUUUCCAAUUGCAGCUUUACACCUCAGUGGUGGCGGCGGCAGUGGCAAACCUCUCGCCGUCGAUGACAUUAGCAUCAAGCAACGAUAGAGACCCUGGUGUUGUGCAAAUUUGA